CCAAUCCCGGCCGGCGUCGAGUGGCUCCCCGAGCCUUUGGCGUCGGCCUGAAGCGCUUCGAAUCUCAACCGCCAAUCCUGAGGCGGGAGAGGCGCUUGUUUACAGGCUGCGGUUUUCCCCGGAAGGGAGAAGGGAGCGCGGGGAGCUUUCCGCCCCUCGCCGCCGGAAAGGCCCGCGAGGCGAAAUGCAGGAUAUCCGCAGUCUUUUCAGGGAUGAGCGAUGGAAAACAUCAGCUUGGUAAAAACUGAACAAGAGACGUCUUCUGUAGACUCUGAUGCCAGAAAUGAUUAUCACUUAGUUAAUACCAGAAGCAGUCCGUUGUCCAGCCCAAAUGCUACCGCUGAUCUCUCAGGGAAAACUGGGCCUUCUGUAAUAACUACCGAGGCUAGUCUGUUGGCUUCUUUCAUGCAAGACACUCAAAGCAGUGAAGACUUGGAAAUACUGAAGAACUGUGAAACUAAGUGGCUACGAUUGUUCAGACUGGUGGAGAAGCAAUGCCAAGAUCAGAUAAUUGCCCAGCAAAAAGUGUUCCAUCAUCAAAUCCAUCGCAUACAGAAUGAAAUCAAACACUUGGUGAAACUGCAAAACCAGAACGUGUGUUCAUGCACCAAGCAAAACUCUCCAGUCAAAUUUAGGAACGAUUUCACUUCAUUAGAAAGUCAGAUGGGGUUGCAGUCCAAAACAUUUGAAGAAAAUGAGCUCUUUGUCAGCCAGCUCAAAUCUAGCAGCUCUGAGAGUCGUCCAGAAGCUUCAGCCGUGCAUCAAGAGUGCCUUGCAAAUAGUGUUUCUACGAGCAGUGGGUAUGGCACCUGUUCUGCUGCAGAACUGAGUCCUAACAAAUAUAAAGACGUUCAGAUGGGCAUGGAAAACACAGAAGAGAUUACCAAAGGACAAGACAGUGCAUCAUCACCACAGGAGGAUUUAGUUACAACCAGUAUUCCUAAUAAAAGAGAGAGCACACAAGCAACUGUAAAGCAUGGCCCGUCAGUAAAGGAUGAUACAGGUUUUCCUGCUGAAUUUGUGUCUGAGAUUAAUGAAGGUCAGUGUGGAAAAACAAACUGCAAACCAUUAACAUCAUGGGCUCAAAAGAUGAAACAAAACCAGCUGAAAAGGACAACUAUGGAAGGAGAUACACAUCCUGUGCAAGGAGGAGAACAAAUGCAGACAUUAACACUCGAAAAUACUAAUCAUACGGCUGCUGUUCCACCGUCGUAUACUUUUUACCUCAGUCAACCAGAAGGAAGCCAAAAUUCUUUAGUGUCUGAUACUUCAGGAAUGACAUACUGGAAACUAGAUGAGAAGAACAUGUACCACAGUUUGCCUGAAAACUUUGGGAAUGAAUUUAGUAUAUUGCCAGCAAAGGUGUCCUCAGAGCAGUCUUCUGGUGAUGAAAUGAAACCAUCAUCCUUAAAGGAUAUUUAUCAUAAGAAACAAAGGGAAAACCAACAGCUUGUAGACUGGAACUUUUCCCCACUGCAAUCAACGCAUCCUCCUGAGAUCCUGACCCUUGACCCAACGCUGCAUAUGAAACCAGGCGAGCAGAAUCCAGGACUUCCUUUGCACACCUUCUAUGGGACUGCAGAGAGGGUCUCUUUAUCUCCAGACUCUAUGGCAGAUCCUGCAUUUUUCAUGUCUUCAGACACAGAUACAUUUUCCCACAUAAGCACAGUUACGUCACCUCAGUCUGUCGGGUCUCCAAAAUACACUUCCAGUACAGUACCUUUGGACAUGGAUGCCUGGAGUAGUUGCACCUUCCAGAAUGAAACCAGCAAAGCAAUAGUAAACAUGGAAGACGAAGACAACUUAACACUAACUCCAUCUUCAGCUGUGCAGUCCCAAAUUCCAUCUGACAUCAGUUUGCCAGAAUUUAGUGUCUCGGUAACAUGUGCAGAAGAUCCUGUGGUGUUCUCCAAGAUCAGGCAGAAUUUGAGAGAAAAACAUGCCCGGCAUAUUGCUGAUCUACGAGCUUAUUAUGAUGCAGAAAUUCAAAGCUUAAAGCAGCAGCUGGAAAUAAGCCAUAAAUUAUCUUCUCAAGACUUGAAGAAAAUCAAUCAAAAUCUUGUUGACAGAUGUGACCAUUUGGAGGCGGCAUUGAAUGAAUCUAACAAUCGCAUGCAAGAUCUUGAAACGAAAAAUAACACCCUGGAAAUGGAAGUGACAGACUGGAGGGAUCGCUUCUGUGCUGUCAGCAAUACAGCGAAGGCCUUGCAAGAACGCAUUGAAGAAAUGCGAACAAGCAGCAAAGAGAAAGAUAACAGCAUCAGCCGUCUGAAGAGGAGGCUUAAAGAUCUAGAGGAAGCAUUUGAGAAGGCCUACAAACUGUCAGAUAAUAAAGAUGCCAGGUUAAAAGAAGAGAACAAGAUGUUUCAGAAUCUUUUAGGAGAAUAUGAAUCCCUCGGGAAAGAACACGAAAGAGUAAAGGAUACUUUAAAUGUCACAGAGAACAAAUUGCUGGAUGCACACACUCAGAUUUCUGAUCUGAAAAGAACAGUCUCAAAACUUGAAGCCCAAAUCAAGCAGUUAGAGCAUGAAAACAUACUUAAAUUUCGUCAUCUUGCGGACACCCACUUCAGAACAUCUUAUGCUAACAAAUUAGCAGGAUCUGAUGUGAGUAGAAGGAAAUGGUUGAUACCAGGAUCAGAGUAUUCCAUGUUCACAGGGCAACCUUUAGAAGCCCAAGACAAUCUCAAAGACAAUCGGCUUGAAGAAACAUACACAAAUUGCCGGCAUCAUUCGCCUCCAGAAAAGGACUCAUCUCCAGAUCCCUCACCAAUAAAUGAAAUAGCAAAAAAAGAAGCCAGAGUCCCAGAAACGCCUAUCAUAAAAGCAUUUAAGGAACUUGAAGAAAGGAAAGCAUUGAAAAACUGGGGCACUCAGACAGGGAAGGAGGAGGAAGAGGAGGAGGUAGCUCCUGCAAAAGCAACCACUCGGCGUCCAACUGUUGGAUUUGAUGAAACAGCUCUUAACGCUAGCCAGUCUCCAGAGAAAGGCAAAGACCAGCUCAGAAACAAAAGAUACAGCUCACCAGGCAGCCAGAGGUCCUCAUCUCUGCCACCUUCUAACAGGAAAUCAAAUACUCCAACAGCAAGGAGAGAAAUAAUGCUGACUCCAAUUGCUGUGACCUACAGCCCCAAACGCUCUCCAAAAGAGAACCUGUCUCCAGGGUUUAGCCACUUGCUCAGCAAAAAUGAGAACAUGAUGACGAGAUUUGAUGUUUUCCUUGAUGAUUUGGAAAUGCCCACGCCUGCUUCGCAGUACAGCAACCCACGGAAACGGCUUCAGUUUCGCUCAGCAGAAGAUACGGAAGGGGAAAUAGAAUUCCAGGCCACCAGCCCAGGGAAAGGCAGCCAUACAAAGUCUUCCUCUUGCACAGAUCCAAGGAAAGGCCUGAAGGUGGCUGCUUGGGAAGAAGAAAACCCUGCACAUACAAGUGAACCAUGCCUGUCUUUAGCAGCACCAGCACCCUAUGAAGCAGAUUUCAAAUACAUUUCAAGGAUUAAGACUUUGGCUGAAACAGAGAGACUCUUUGAUGAACUCACGCAUGAAAAGCAACAGAUCGAGGCCCAGUUGAGUCGAAUACCUUGUGCUGGAGGGAGAAUGACUCUGCAGGCAAGACUCAACCAGGAAGCCUUGGAAGAUCGCUUGGAAAGAAUUAAUAGAGAAUUGGGCUCCAUCCGAAUGAUUCUGAAGAAAUUCCACGUUUUACGGACCUCUGCAAAUAUCUGAGAUGUCUCUGUUUAAAUUUAGAUAGCCUUUUGUUUGCACUAUAGAAGUCUAAUAAUUAUGCACUCCCCAAAUGUAAAUGGUUUUGUAUUUUUUGUAAGGCCUCCUCAGCAGUUUUGCUAUCAUGUUGCCCUUUACACACACUAUUUUGUACUGAGCCACAUAUAUUUUAAAAAAUAUUUUUCUUACAUCAGAAGGAAUAAACCUGUCAAUUCUGUAUUUUGCUACCUUUGAAGAAGUGUUAGUAGUUUUUUAACAAAACCAGUGGACAUGAAUUCUUUAUAAGAAUAGAGAAACCAAGAGGCAGCUUGUUUUCAAAAGAUUAUCAUGUUGGAAUUGAUUUUGUGAUGUACUUCUCACCAUUUUUAUAGAGUUAGUGGCCUGUCUGGUACAGUAAGUUAUGAGGCACUUCAUUUUGGUUUAUGCUAAACACAGCACACAGCUUCUUCAUGUGAAGUGAGCUCCAAACAAUCGAUAACACAGCUUGUCAUUUAGACUAGAGAUUGCAUCUUGUUUCAUAAAAUGUUCAGUUGCAACAGUAUUUUCAACAAAUGUACAAAAGCAGGCUGGGAAGGUCUGUUCAAAGUAUCUGUGUAAAUGCAUACCAAGGAAUUGGAGAAAGAAUGUUUCUCAUUUUUAUACGUUUUUAUUUUGCAUGUUUGUUGUAGAAAUAUUAAUUAAAACCUAAUUGUUUAAAAUUGA